AUGUUCCUCGUUUUGUUGCUACUACUGUCGGGUGACGUCGAGCUAAACCCAGGUCCACCGACGAAAGCUGAGCAGAUGACAAAAAUAGAAACUAUGCUCGAAGGGCUAACGGUCAGUAUGGCCAAUGUUACGAUUAAACUUUCUACCAUAGAGAGUAAACAAGAAGAAUUUGAAAAAAAGCUUGACAACUUACUUAAAAGUAAUGACCACUUGGAAAAGCGUGUUGCUAAUUUUGAGGACCAGAACAAAAGGAUAGAGGAGCAUAUCGAUGACCUCGAAAACCGCAGCCGCCGGUGCAAUCUUGUGUUUUACGGCAUACCCGACGGAAAGCGCAAUGAAACCUGGGAGGAAUCAAAGAACCAUGUGGUACAAGUUUGCAAUGAUAUCAUGGAAAUCAAUCCUACUACGAUUCAGAGGGCGCACAGGAUCGGUUACUUUAAAGAUGGUUUCAAGAGACCAGUUAUAGUAAACUUUAUGUCUUGGACCGAAAAGGAAGAUAUUUUACACUCUGGAUUUAAAUUUAAGAACACCGACUUUAGUGUAUCCGAAGAUUUCAGUAAUUCACUUCGCGAAAAAAGACGUAAUCUAUGGAGCCACUCUAAACAAAUAAGGCAAGAUAAGAGCAACAAAGUGCAUCUUUCAUAUGACAAGCUAGUUGUGAACGGCGACGUGUUUAUCUGGGACGCUGAGCGAAAGGAGGCAGUCCCUGUGCGCAGAAAGAGAGGUACAAGGCCACAACAAUGA